UAAAAGGUAGGGAUGAGUUCUUGGGUGUGCAAGGGUGAAGCUAGAGCAGUGAACUAGUGACAGUGCAGCAAUUAGGCUGUCUUCAACACUCACUCCUUUUGAUAAAAAAGCCCAACUCAGCCCGCACAGUUCCAUCCUGUAAUGUGCAGCCGACCUGGGAUGAUCCCCAGCUGUACGUAAGGGUCCUUCUGCCUGAGUGGCCCACAAGCAUAGGGCUCUCAGAGAAUGGAGCAAGAGGCACAACAGCCUUCUAGUUAACUGCGGAAUAAAAAGUGUAAGAUGACACAAUCCUUUGUUAGAGGAAAAACCUCCACAUUUAAACAAAUGCAGGUUUUGACUUGGUAACACUAAGCCAUGGUGCUUAAACUCACGAAAUACUGUUGACAGAAGCACUCUGGGGAAGGGGAGCUAUUUGGCAUGCUCCGUACUGCUGUGCUGCACAGAGCGCAAAGGAGCUAUGUCAUAUAAUAAUUGGUCCUGACCACACCUAGUGCAUUAGUCCUCGUGUGGGCUGCAAACACAACCUCAUUACUCCUGGCUCCCGGAUGAGCCGAUCAGAAGGGGAUCAAACUACAGCACAAACCACUGAGAAGCCAGAAAUUCAAAGGACAGCUGCGGAACAAAACAAGAGAGAAACAGGAACUUUACGAAGUAGAGCCCAUCAUCCACCUGGAUCGAGGAGGAGCACAGCAGCAGCCAGCCCCAGAGACUCUACCUGCCACAGUGCCAGGGAGAACCAUGCCAGACUCCUUUGCCGUCCACUUCCUCAAGGUGCUGAAGGAGCUGCUGGCCUUCGUGCUCUUCAGUUACACCGUGCUGGUCGGGGCGCUGCUGCUCGCCGGCUGGACGACAUACUUCUUGGUGCUUAAAUGAGAGCUCCUCUUACGCUCCUGCAGCCACGGGCUGGCCAGAGGCAACAGGCUCCACCAUGCAGCUCAUCCUGUGCAUCUGCUCUCAUGGGGGUCCCUUCCUCCUGCGCCAACUCUGCAAGCAUUUUGUUUCGUUACUGCCUAAUCACAAUCGUAUUUUCUUAUGUAAAAACAAUAAAGA